GACAACAAUGGACCAACAAUGAGUUUGCAGGCCGAAUUGAAACAGAAAAUUAACGAAAUACGGAAAAUAGUGACCGUUUACGAAUGGAUCGUCGAUGCGUACAUAGUGGAUUUCUUCCAGGAGAACCACUGGUCCAAUUUGCCCGCCAGCUGGGCACAAUGUUUGGCUGGCGUUUCCAUACGGCAGCUACCUGAGCUGCUCCGUUCGGAUGGCAGGCACACCGAGGUAACGGUCUGGCCAUUGGCGAUGCUCGCUCUAAGAUCGUUGUUUCACCGUUUAGAACUUCCCAGGCGGCGGCAGACACCCCGGGCGGCCGUGGCUGAUGCCGGUGCCGAAUGCGUCUUCCACCGGCAAGCGGCACUGUUUAGAAAAUCCGUCAAGCUGAAAAAGCGUCACGAGAUUGAAGAGUUUGCUGCCAGCUGCCGGCAAGAAAAAGGCAACCGUCGCUGCAACGCAUUAGUCGAUAUUGGUUCGGGACAGGGCAAUCUGGCCCGGGCGUUAGCUUACGGGUACGGACUUCGCGUGUGUUGCAUCGAACAGAACGGCACGUUUGUGCAGGCCGCAAGAGCGAAAGAUGUGGAACUGUGGAAGAGUCGAUCUGGAGCAUAUCGAGCCGGGUCGGUUCGUUCGGAUGCUGCGCACGGCGCUCAACGUUCGUGAUGGCGACGAGUUUCAGUUUGGCCUGGUCGGUCUUCAUCCCUGCGGCGACUUGGCACCCUCGCUGCUGCGGCUGUUCCUUGCUUGCCGGCACUGUGUCUCGGUGCAGCUAGUAUGCUGCUGUUAC